CAUUAUUUGGAGGGUGAAGUUCUUCUAUUUUUCAAGAUGCAGCUCAGAUACACCAAAAGAUCCAAGUGGACAGAGGUGGAGAAGCAAUUUGCUUUGUCGUUUUAUUACAAGUCACCAUCAGCCUAUGUAUUUCUCAGAGAUGUAAAGAAAUUUUCAUUACCUUGUGUGACCCUUAUACAACGAUGGAUCAACGAAUUACAACUAACAACUGGAAUUAACCAGGGUAUUUUUGAUAGACUCUAGACAAAGACGUUGACGAUGACCGAAUACGAACGGAAAUGCUUACUACUGUGGGACGAAAUGAGUAUUAGAACUUUGCUAGAGUAUAACUCAAAAGCGGACGUGGUAGAGGGCUAUCAAGAUAUUGGAUCUCUACGUCGCACUAGGGAUUGGGCCAAUCAUGCUCUAGUGUUCAUGUUACGUGGGUUGAAGUACCUAUGGAAGCAACCGAUUGCCUAUGUUGUUUCACAUGGUAGCGUUUCUUCAAAUGACCUGACUUUACUCAUCACAGACGUUAUAACUGCGGUAAUUCAAGCUGGACUAUUACCAAAAUCUGUGACUUGUGAUCAAGGACCCACUAACCGUAAAGCAGUCGCAGACUUGAGCGUCGCAGAAGCUUUUCCUUUUUUUGAAGUGAUGGGUCGUAAAAUUUUCUUCACCUAUGAUGUUCCUCAUUUAAUGAAGAGUAUUAGGAAUAAUCUUCACAAUGAAGACUUCAUUAUAGAUGGCAAAGUAGUUUCCUGGUGUUGGUCUAUGAGUAAAUAAUUUACACCAAUCAGAACAUUCUAUGACUUAGACUAGACCCGUUUGAAUCUGGUCUGUAAUCUGUUAUCGUUAGU